UUUAUAAUUCUUCAAUCAAACAGUCUGAACCUGAUGUACAUGCUUAAUAUUUUUGUUUCUUACGAUAUAAUUAUGACAAUAUAAUUUGUUUAUAUAGCUUUGAUUUAAGAAUUUAAUUUUACAUAUUAUAAUUUGAUUUAUUUUAUAUAUUUAUUUUUAGUUGUAGUUAUAAUAUGGAUGUUAUCUGAUACACUAGUCAUUACCCAAGAAAUGUGUUCUACUAUUUCCUAUUUGAUUGUAUGCAAGUAUUGCAAUAGUGUGAAAAAUUUUAUAAUAGUUCACGAAAACAAGAUUGAAUGAAACACUGUUAAAAAUGAUGAAUCUUUUGAAAGAUUCCUUAACUUAUAUAAAUUCAGGGUCUUUGUAUGUUUAUAAAAUUAUACAUUAAAAGUAUCAUAUAGUUCUUAUGGCCUGUAAACUAAUUGUAUAUACACAUACAUGCAUAUACAUCAUAGAAAAAAUAUGAGAUUUACAUAUAAACAUAUUUUCCGCAGUAUGUUAAUAUGUGCAAACUAGAAUGUAUAUGAAUUUUGUGAAUACAUAAAUAAUAUUAAUCCCAAUUAAUAUUUAUUAAAUAUUAUAAAAUAAGUUUAAGCACCAUCACAGUUGGCCCUAUAUAAUCAUUACUUUCGGUAUAUCUAUAUUCCAUUUUAUAGUAACCAUCAUUUAUAUCAUUAUAUAAUCUUGAAAUUUUUUACAAUUUAAUAUAAUACAAUUCGAUAAAAAUGAAGACAAGGAUUAAGUCCUCUACAAAAAAGAUAUUCUGUAAUUAUAUUAUUAAGAUGUUCUGUGGUUGUAGUUUUAUUUCUAUUUCAUUAUUUAAUCAACUUUAUUUAUAUUUAAGCUCAUAUAAUAUUAUAAGUGAAUACUAAAAUAUAAUACAAAAUUAUUUUUCAAUUUGUUUUUGAAAUUUAUCCUUAAAUUAAUAUUAAUUUAUAAGACAAACGUAAUCCUUGAUACUUUUGAGUUUCUAUAAAAUGCUCUAGAAUGAUUAAUUACAUAAUUAAAGAAAUAAUAUUAAUAGAUUGGAUUAUAUGGACAGAUUAUGAAUGUAAUAAUGCUUACUGUACAAGAUAUUAAUAAGUUCACUCCUCUACCUCAGUAACUAUACAUGAUUUUGGAUAAAGUCUUUAAAUUGUAUUAUAUUAUUUUAAUUAUUUUAUUCAUACUAUCGAUUAGAAAUUAACAACAUUAAAUCCAUUUUAAUAUAAUGUAAAUAUGAUGUAUAAAAUUUUGUACCACUAAUUUAUUGUGGUAAAUUGCACAAAAAUAUUUCACAUUUAAAAAACGAUUCUAAUAUGCUUUUAGUAUCUAUAUUGUAAAAAUUCUUGUAUUAAAUACAUACAUGAUAUGUAUAUCAUAAACUAUUUGUCUCUGUUAAGUAUUCAUGAAAUAAUGGUGUUUUAUUAUGAGAUUUAAUACUAGCAUCUAGUUUAGUAGAAAGUGCUUGUAGAAAUUAUUGUAGGUACAUUAUUUAUAAUGUAUAUUAUAUAUAUACAUUAUACACACACACAUAUUCAUUGAAGGUAGUCGGAAUUAGUUUUUCUAAACUUUUGUACAAAAUAUGUAUAGCACAUAUAUAUAUAACACAAUAUUAAUAAAUAUUAAUCAUAUGUUUGUGUGUAUAUGUGUGUGUAUUGGAGAAAUACAAUUUAUUUCUUAAUUUAUAUUUUAUAUUUUCUAUUAUUUGCCCUCUUUUGUAAUUAAUCUUGUAAUGCAGCUAUAACAAAUUUGCAUAUAAUCUCUAGCUGAAGUAUCUUGCACAAACAUGCAAUACGAUUAGUGUUUUGCCACAGUAUUUUUGAAUGUGUGACUCUUUAAGAUGUCGCUACGUGUAGUUUAUCGCGAUUAGUAAUAAAAGAAAUGUAUCUUUUUGUUUUGCACAAAUAGAUAUUAAGUAUAUAAUAAAUAUGGCGUCAUAGUUUAUAAACCUGGUUUAUGGAUUAGUUUCAAGAAAUAUUUCGAACAUAACCUCGAUCGCUUUUUAUAAACUUUUUAUAAGUUAAAAUACUGAAUGUAAAAUACGUUAAAUUUAUAUAAGGAUCUUAUUAAAUUCUUCAAUUUUUUAUCAAAUGCUUUGAGAUUAAAGUGUAUGUGUAUGUGGUAAUUCAAUGGAUUUUUCAAAAUCUUACGGUUCUUUAUAAUAUAUAUGAAUAUUGUAUCCAUAUGCACUGAUAAUAAUCUGAGAAAAAACUAAAGAAUUCGUCAUUAUGGCAUCACCAGCCCCUAAAUCUCCCGAACAGUCGGAACGAAAUAGAAAAUAUGAUCGACAAUUGAGAUUAUGGGGAGAUCAUGGUCAAGCUUAUUUAGAAGCAGCACAUAUUUGUCUUAUAAAUGCUACUGGAUUGGGAACAGAAAUUUUAAAAUCAUUGGUUCUUCCUGGUAUUGGUGCAUUUACUAUUGUUGAUGGAAAAAAGAUAACAAAUGAAGAUAUUGGAGCAAACUUUUUUCUAGAGGCAGAUAGCAUUGGAAAAUCUAGGGCUCAAGUUGCGACCCAGAUGUUAUUAGAAUUAAAUCCUGAUGUUCGAGGCGAUUAUAUUGAUGAAGAACCACAACAGAUUUUAUAUAAUAGUCCAGAUUUUUUAAAUAACUUUACAGUAGUAGUUGCUACUUCAUUAACAGAAAAAUGCUUAGUCCUUUUGUCAAGACGACUUUGGGAGUUAAAUAUUCCUUUAAUAGUAUGUAGAAGUAUAGGUUUCAUUGCUUAUAUGCGAAUUCAAGUGAAAGAACAUACUAUAGUAGAGACACAUCCAGAUAAUGAAACAUCAGAUUUACGUUUAGAUAAACCUUUUGGAACCUUAAAAAAGCACUUAGACUCUAUCGACCUUGACACAUUGAGCUUCAAAGAUCAUACUCAUAUACCAUAUGUAGUUAUUUUAUAUAAAUAUUUAUCAAAGUGGAUUUUGAAUCAUGGAAGUUUGCCAAAGACUUAUAAAGAUAAACAACUAUUGAGAGAAAUGAUAAGAAAAGGAAUGAGAAAAGAUGAACAAGAUACAGUAAAUACUGAAGAAAAUUUUGAAGAAGCAAUUAAAGCUGUAAAUACAUGUGUGGGUUGUACCGAAGUUCCUGAUAGAAUUAAAAAUAUUUUAAAUGAUGAAUGUUGUAUUAAUUUAACAGCAAAGAGCAGUCCAUUUUGGAUAAUUGCUAAAGCAGUAAGAGAUUUUAUUGACAAUGAAGGUUGCGGUUUGUUACCACUAAAAGGAACUCUGCCAGAUAUGACAGCUGAUACAGAGAAAUAUAUAAUUCUACAGCAAAUUUACCACAAGCAAGCAUCAGCAGAUGCAGAAGCAGUGUGGAGACGCACAUUGCAGUUACUACGACAGUUGGGUAAAUCUUCAGAUUCAAUAUCUGAGAAAGAUGUAAAAUUAUUUUGUAAAUAUGCUGUAGAUAUUUAUGUAGAGAGAGGAACUUGUAUAGCUGAUGAAUAUGAUCCUAAAAUCAUUGAUACCAAUAAUAUAGUGCAAAGUUUGGAGAAUCCUGAGAGUUUAAUGGUGUAUUAUGUUGUACUUAGAGGAGUUGAGAAAUUUCAAGCAGAAUAUAAUUCAUAUCCAGGGGAAUUUGAUGAUCAAGUGGAGCCUGAUAUUGUUAAAUUAAAGACUUGUAUUACAAAAUUGUUAAGUGAGUGGGGAUGUGGACCAUUGGCAAAGGAUGACUAUGUUCACGAAUUUUGUCGAUUUGGUGGCGCUGAAUUGCAUUCAGUAUCUGCAUUUUUAGGAGGAUUAGCUGCUCAAGAAACUAUCAAAUUUAUUACAAAACAAUAUAAACCUCUUCAUAACACUUUUAUUUAUGACGCUGUGACAUCAAACUCUAGUACAUUUUUUUUUUAGAAACAAUUUUUUUAAACAUGCAUAUAUAUAUGUAUACAUAUAUACAUAUAUACAUAUAUAUACACACACAUUCACAUAUAUCUAUACACAGAGACACACAACAUCUGUAUUAGCUGAAGAAUACAAUUUUGUAGUUUAAGUGUUA